UCUUCCUCAGGUUACAGAAGGCCGGACGAAACGCUCCCCGCCCGGGCUAAAAGCGCCGUCCGCCUCGCGCCUUCCGGCCUCGGACACGGGGUCGGGCCGGGCAGCGGCCUGAAGUGUGGAGGCCGGUGGGUCGUGCGUGUGGCGCCGACCCCGGCGGAGGCAUAGCCAGUCCGGGUUUUCCGGAUCACGCGGGACGGGCAGCAGAGGGGUGGGGGGGGGGGCGGCCGCGCCACGCCGCGCCGGGCCGCGCCACCCUUUAUCCGAGGCACGAAGCCCACGCGCGGCCUAGGGAGACGAAAGAACAGAGAAAUGUCUCAAGCUGCAAGUAAAGGACUAAUGUUAGGCAUCAUGAUGGGGACUGCUGGAAUAAGCUUGAUCAUUGUGUGGUACCAAAAAAUUCGUAAACUUGGUACAACAAUGAAUUUGCCUAAAUUUCUGUCAUUGAGCAAUGAGUUUCAUUCAAUUAACUUGCAAGAUGCAGUUCAUAAUGAAAGAGGAACAGUAGUGGUAUUACAGCAAAGUCAGUUUCAGAUACUGGAGAAAUUAAACGAUUUGCUGAUGAGUGUGGAAGAACUCAAAGAGGAAGUCAAAUUUCUCAAAGAAGCUAUUCCAGAGUUGGAGAAACACGUACGAGUUGAACUCCGAGGGAAGACCGCUAUGCACAGGACAAGCCCUCAGCAUCAAGCAGCUAGAAAGAAAAAAGCUGAGGCAAGCAGAGGCAUCUCAACUAGCAAUAGUUCAGAAGAAGCAGAAAGUGAAGGAGGGUAUGUUACAGCUCAGAGUGACACUGAAAGGGGGCAUUUAGCUGGCCAUAAAGCAAAUAAAAAAACAGCAAAAAGAUUGAGCUUACCUGUUCUUACUCAGAUGAUUGAUGACUUACAUUUAAAAAGUGAUUCUGAUAAACGGAAAAGUUUUGAACUCUUGUGCAACUAUAAAAAUAAGUAUAAAGAUGAAACUGAAUUUAUUUGGAGAUUCUCCAGAGCUUAUGGAGAUAUGUGUGAUCUAUCCAUAGAUAUGGAAGAAAAGAAAAAAUAUGCCUCUGCUGGAAAAGACCUGGGUGAAAGAGCAAUUUCUCAGGCCCCCCAAAAUGGAUACUGUCACCUGUGUGAGGCACAUUGCUGUGAGUGGCACAAGUCAGCAAGAGGAGUUUGGGGAAUUAACUCUGGAAGUCAGAAGUUGAGUUUUGGAGAAGAGCAGAACCAAGGAACCCAGUAUAGCAACAGAGAAGCCUGCCCACUACAAACAUGGCCCAGCAAGGAGCAACAUCAUGAGAAUGCAAAGACCCCAGACCCUGAAGCAUCAGAAGAAUGAGUUGCUGGCCAUGUAUAUUCCUGAGAAUGUGCCUCUCUACUAGCACAUUCUCUCUAUGUAUGUACCCAUUGUUGGAGAGUACAAACCAGAUUUAUGGGGUAGAAUGUUUUAUAGCUACUGUUUUUAUGAUGUCAUCUGAAUAAAUGUCUUUGCUCUGAGCAACUUGUGUCCCUUAACUGGCUGUUAAAGGUAAAUGCAGCAGUAGGGAGUUCAUGAGCUGUAGUUUUAGGAGUGCAGCCUCACAGGAUAUCUUGAACUUGGGGCAGGCUUCCUCUUAGUUGAGCUUCCCUCUGAGUGCAAAUUCUGAAUGGGGGGCACAGUGCUAAAAGGAGGUGCUACAUGGGAAGGUCACCUGAAAGUGCUGUAACCUUUCUUGUCAGUGCAAGGCUUUUUGACUCUUCUAUACUAAUAAUUUAGCCAUGAGCCUCAAAUAUAGCCAUAAUGAGAAUUCUUGAGUAAUGAACUGCUGUCUAUUUAAAACAUGCUAUAAACACAGUCAAGAAGAAAUUACUUAAAAUGUAUUAUCUUCCAGAGAGAGAGAGUUUAAAUGCACCAUGAUUCUGUUUAGCUAGCCUUUAAACCAUUAUUCUCACUCUGAAGAGAACUGACCACCACCUUCAAGUCAAAGAAGGAAUCAUACUAAAACACUCUAUUAAUUACUUUAUAUAAAACUAUUGAAAACACAUUGAACAGAUGCUUCAUCUUUUGAAAGAAAACUUUCCUCCAAUGUUAGCAAAAUGCUAUUCAUACUCAAUACACACAGUACUCUUAGCGUGCAUUAAGGAAGAGUAGAGACUUGUUACUUUUUUAGCUUGAAUAUAGAGGUCAAGUUGAAUCAGUAUAUUAAGUUGAUAAGAUACUUUGGGCUUCAAGCAAGACACAUGAUUGAGCUUAAUAUUAUUUAGGAGAGGGGCAGCUAGAUGGUGAAGUGGAUAGAGCACCGGCCUUGGAGUCAGGAGUACCUGAGUUCAAAUCCAGCCUCAGACACU